GAAUCAUUCGCUCACUGACUCACUCACCGACUCUCCAGAGCUAGCACUGAGCGUUCAGCUGGCUCUGGGUGGUUUAGGAGUUUAUUGAUUAUUGUGUCGACCUUACAGUUUGCACAAUGAGGCUAAAAGUCGGGUUUAUCCUCCGGAGUUUGUUAGUAAUCGGCACAUUUUUGGGGCUGGUGCUGCUCUGGUCCUCUCUGUCUCCCAAACCAGGCGAUGAAACCCCUUUCGGCAAACUCGAAGUCAAAGAUGCCCCGAACCCCAUCCCGAAUCUUCCGAACAACGUCGGAGAUCAGUUCAAGGCCGUGGUGCCCUGGCCUCACGUGGAAGGAGUGGAAGUGGACCUGGAAGCCAUCAGGCAGAGAAACGGAGGAGGAGGAGACAAGCCGAACCUGAACCCGAAGUUCAGAGCUCAGGACCAGCAGAACAUCAUUCAGAAGCAGUACAUCACAUUUAAACCUCACACCAAUGUCUAUUCGGACCCGGUUCUGCGUAGAGGGACCCUGGGCAACUUCGAACCCAAAGAACCAGAACCUCCAGGGGUCCCCGGAGGGCCGGGAGAAGGCAGCAAGCCGUUCGUUCUGGGAGCGGAGUAUCACGAUUCGGUGCAGGCCAGCAUUAAAGAGUUCGGCUUCAACAUGGUGGCCAGCGACAUGAUCUCACUGGACAGGAGCAUCGGCGACUUACGGCAUGAAGAGUGUAAGUAUUGGCACUAUGAUGAGAACCUGUUGACGGCGAGCGUGGUGAUCGUGUUCCAUAACGAGGGCUGGUCCACUCUGAUGAGGACCGUACACAGCGUCAUCAAGAGGACGCCGCCCAAAUACCUCGCCGAGAUCGUCAUGAUCGACGACUACAGCAACAAAGCUCACCUGAAGGAGAGGUUAGAGGAAUACAUUAAGCAGUGGAACGGCCUGGUCAAGCUGUUCCGCAAUGAAAAGAGAGAAGGACUGAUCCAGGCCAGGAGUAUAGGAGCACGCAAAGCCACUCUGGGACAGGUGUUAAUCUACCUGGAUGCUCAUUGUGAAGUGGGGAUAAAUUGGUACGCUUCGCUCGUGGCCCCCAUAUCCAAAGACCGAACUGUUUGCACAGUGCCUCUGAUAGAUUACAUAGACGGCAAUGAUUAUACGAUAGAGCCCCAGCAGGGAGGGGACGAGGACGGGCUGGCACGAGGAGCCUGGGACUGGAGUCUGCUGUGGAAAAGGGUUCCACUCAACAGCAGGGAGAAGAAGAAGAGAAAGCACAAGACCGAGCCUUAUCGGUCUCCUGCGAUGGCUGGUGGGCUGUUUGCUAUAGAACGAGAUUUCUUCUUCGAGCUGGGCCUCUACGACCCUGGGCUCCAGAUCUGGGGUGGAGAGAACUUCGAAAUAUCUUACAAGAUCUGGCAGUGUGGAGGGAAGCUCCUGUUCACUCCCUGCUCUCGUGUGGGACACAUUUACCGUCUGAAGGGGUGGGGCGGAAACCCGCCCCCUGCUCAUGUAGGCUCCUCCCCCACGCUUAAGAACUACGUGCGGGUGGUGGAGGUGUGGUGGGACGAGUACAAGGAUUAUUUCUACGCCAGCAGACCCGAGACCCUCACCCUGGCUUACGGAGACAUCAGCGCUCUGAAGAAGUUCAGAGAAGAGCAUCGCUGCAAAAGCUUCAAGUGGUUCAUGGAAGAAGUCGCCUACGACAUCCCCAUCCACUACCCACUGCCUCCGAAAAACGUGGAGUGGGGCGAGAUCCGUGGAUAUGACACGAGUUACUGCAUCGACAGCAUGGGGCACACCAACGGGGGUAAAGUGGAGAUCGGACCGUGCCACAGGAUGGGAGGGAACCAGCUGUUCCGAAUAAACGAAGCCAAUCAGCUGAUGCAGUAUGAUCAGUGCCUGACGAAGGGCCAGGACAACACCGUCAUCGUCACACACUGCAACCUCAAGGAGUUCACUGAGUGGAGGUACUUUAAGGAUCUGCAUCGGUUUACACACACACCCACAGGAAAAUGCCUCGACCGCUCGGACGUCUUGCACACGGUCUUCAUCUCUGACUGCGACCACAACAAGAGCACUCAGAAGUGGGAAAUGAACAACAUCGUGGCCGUGUGACACCGGCGCCGACGCCAAGGACGUUGCGAACACAAAACUAAAAUCUCACAACCUUCUCCUGCACCAGGGGGUUCACAGUGCAAAUACAGCCGACGAAAACCUUUUCAUAUUUUUGUCAUCUCCAGUAACGAGGCCAUGUUCUGAUAUCGCCAUCUUUAUUUUUGUAUGUAGAUCUUUUACUCCUUGGUGGAUGAUGUUUACAGGUGUUCAGUCUUCAGGAAGACACACACACACACACUCGCGUGAAGACGAGUGACAUGAUAUGAUCUGAUAUAAUACCACUGUUUUUAAGUCAUCACUCUAUUAGACUGCUUCUUUACUUUCCAGAUUUUUUAUUUUUUUUUUAAACCUGUCACAGUAUUUUAUUUUUUUUCCGUCCAGAGAUCUCGUCACUCCAUCCAUCUGAUAUUCUGGUUUUUUUUUUGGCACAACUUUAAAUCCAACAGCUGCUUCUUCUUUUAUUUAUUUUUUUUCCUUUCUUUCCAGUUUUAUGAGGAAAAUCGGGGAUGAUUAGAUUAAAUAUAAUACGGAAAGGGAUCGCAAGGCUGAGGGUAAUGAUGAAAAUGAACCGGGGGAUAUUUAUUCUUAUUUUUUAUAUUGCAUUGAUUUGAUUUGAUUUCUGCUUGGAAACAAGAAUGUUUUUAACAAUAAUUACGUCUGUGAAAUCUUUUUGAUUGAAACGUCACUGAAAAAUCACUGGAAUAAGCACUGUCGCUGCUGAAAGGCAUGUCACAUGAGGGGGGAAAAAUACACACGCACAGUGUAUACUAUUUUUUUGUACAAUGUAAAUACGAGCGUUUCUAAAUGAAGGGUUUUUUGUUUUUUGAGAAGCAGUGAGCCACGUAAUGAAGGUGUAAAUAUCUAACUUGUAAAAUUACCAACACUGUUUUCUGAAGAGAGUAAAUUGAACCUUUUUACCACUUGUUGCAUGAACGGAUCAGAGUUCCUUUUUGGAAUGGACUUGAAUUUUAAGGAAGUGGGAAUGACGUUUAAAUUACGUGACGUGACCUGACCGGUAUUUUGCAGACAUACAACACACCCAGAGCAGCCUGGGGAGCAGUUGGGGGUUCAGUGCCUUGCUCAAGGGCACUUCAGCCAUUCCUGCUGGUCCAGGGAAUCGAACCAGCGACCUUUUGGUCCCAAAGCUGCUUCUCUAACCAUUGCUUCCCCUCAUUAAAUUGAAUUUAUAUUCAA